AUGGCCGUGAUGUACCCCCUCCCCUCCGCUUUUGUCCAAUGGACGAACAAAUUCGUGGACCCAGCCGCUGGAUUCGCGUUGGGAUGGUGCUACUGGUUCAACUACUGGAUUGCCGUCGCCAACGAGCUACAGGGCAUCGUCACCGUUUUGUCCUUCUGGAACACGUCAGUGCCCAAGGCCGCAUGGAUCUCAAUUUUUUGGGUCGUCAUCGCCCUGAUCAACGUUGGUGCAGUUACGGUCUUCGCCGAGGUUGAGGUCGUCAUGGCGGCCAUCAAGUUCGGCUGGAUCUUUGUCGUCAUCAUCGCCUCAAUCGUCAUUUCAGCAGGCGGGGCACCUAAUCAUGAGGCAAUCGGUUUUAGAUACUGGAACGAAGCACCGUUCUUGAACGGCUUCAGGGGUUUCUUGACUGUCAUGCCAGUGUGCAUUUUUGCUCUGUCUGGGUCGGAAACGACAGGUCUUGUCGCAGCUGAGCUCAGCAACCCGAAGAAGGCGGUUCCAAAGGCAGUCAAGUCCAUCGCACUCCGCCUUGCCAUGUUUUAUCUGAUGGGCUCCUUGAUGAUCACCAUCACCGUGUCCCCUUCCGACUCGAACCUCUUUGGUAGCGGAGCCCAUGCCACAGACGCAUCACCAUUCGUGAUCGCCUUCAGGAACGCCGGUCUGGAGCCGUUGGCCCAUAUGAUGAACGCUGUCAUAUUCCUUUCGGUUCUCUCUUCCGGUAGUAUCAAUGCGUAUGCGGGAUCCCGGACACUCGUUGGGCUGUCUGAGAUUGGCAUGGCCCCAUCUUGGAUGAAGAAGGCAGACCGGCGGGGAAGACCUUGGUAUACUUUAACACCGACACUGCUAAUCGGCGGUGGACUCUCGUAUCUCAACGCCAGUCACACGGUGCAACUCAUCAACCUCCUUGUCCUUCUUCCUGCGCUUGUCUCCGCAGCCCAUGGCGACCCCCGGAGAAUGAGCUACUCUGGAAGCUGCAUCAUUGCUAAGGACGGAACAUGGUCACCAAAGUGCACGACGGCCUACGUCGAAGCGGCACUCGGAUCCCAGUGCACGAACCUGGGCGGUACCUUGAGCAACAUCAACUUCCAAACCACCAUUACGCAGAUCAACUACCGCUGCAACUGCGUGCACGGAAAUACCAAGGACUUCACCUUCAACGAUGGUGUCUUCGAGGCUAAGGCUGUGGUUGGCGACAAGUGUUGA